AUGCGCCAUUCCACUCUGAUCCUCGACCUUGGCGAUGUGUUCUUUCACUGGUCAACCUCCGCACUGACGGCCCUGCCCGGCUCAGUCCUCCACUCUGUCCUCCUCUCUCCAACAUGGGGUGCCCUCGAGCGAGGCGAGCUCAGCGAGACGGCAGCCGUGGAGGCUAUCGGCGCUGAACUCUCAAUCGACCCUGCCGCCAUCCAAGAAGCGCUCAAUCAAUGCCGGACGACACUCACGGUCGACCACGGACUCGUGGCCCAGCUCAAGUCUCUCAAGCAAGAACUCAAGAGCGGCUUGAAAGUUUUCGCCAUGACAAAUAUCUCCGAGGGAGACUUUGCUCGUCUCAGGACAGUGCUGCCAGAUUGGGGCCUCUUCGAUGAUGUAUACACUUCGUUCGACGCCCGGAUGAGAAAGCCUGAACUAGGCUUCUACAGGCACGUUGUCCGUGGGAUCGGGACUCAGCCAGCCGACAUGAUAUUCGUGGACGAUAAGAUCGAUAACGUGAUCGCAGCCCGUUCCUUCGGCAUGACUGGGAUCGUAUUCGAAUCUGCUUCCGCUCUCGUACGUAAGCUGCAUAACCUGCUGCAGGAUCCGGUACCCCGGGCGAAGGCGUUCCUGGCGCGACACGCGGGAAACCACAUGUCCGCGAUCGAGAACGGACCAGCGUUCCACGACGCCUUUUCCCAGUUUCUCAUACUGGACGUGACGGGAGACAGCUCGCUGGUCAGCCUCGAGCGUGGCAGCCCCCAAGCAACGGCGGAACAAAUCAACGGUGCAGCGAAUGGUAUGGGUGAAGCACGUAUCUGGAAUUACUUCAUCGAUGCGCCAGUCGGGACAACAACGAGCUUUCCAGACGAUGUCGAUACAACAGCCUGCUCGCUGCUCGCUCUCUCUCCGCCCUCGUCUUCCGCACACCGCAUCCUCGACGCUAUCCUGGCAAAUCGAAACGCAGACAACCUCGUCCAAACCUACUUCUGCAGCAACCGGCCGCGGGUCGACCCCGUUGUAUUGACGAAUGUCGUUCGCGCCUUCUACAAGUACGGCCGCGGGGACGAAGUACGCGACUCGCUCGAUUUCAUCCGUCAGACGCUUAGGGAGCGUGGAUACACCGAUGGCACUCUGCACUACUACUCGGCCGAAUCCUUUCUCUUCUUUCUGUCUCGCCUUGUCGCGUCCAACCCCGCGUGCCCAGAAGUGCAAGCUCUGCGCCAGCCUCUGGCCGAGCAUUUACGCAACCGAGUUGGGCGACGUGACGAUUCACUCGCAGUGGUCAUGCGCGUGCUUGCAUGUCAGGCGGUCGAUGUGUGGGCGGGGUCGGACCUCGAAUACCUGAAGGAGUUGCAGGAUGUCGACGGCGGAUGGGAGACGGGUUGGGUCUGUCGAUAUGGCAGGAGUCGGAAGCGGAUUGGUAAUCGUGGCGUUGUCACGUCCUAUGCCGUGAAAGCUCUCGAGACAGACAUGGAGAAAGAGAAAGAGCCGAGCAACGAGUGA